CCGAGCGGCAGUCGCGCCGGCGCUGGGCGAGGGAGCGGAGCGGCCGCCUCCGCCAUCACACUGAACCUGUCCCUUGAAAUUAUUCGAAGGGCACCACACUCGGAGACUAUGCUUGGGGCGCGGUGGCUGUCCUCUUGUCGCUGGGAGCAGACCACUGAGUAGAGAAGACAGAACGAGGAGAAGGAAGACGACGAGGUCGGGUCCGAAGGCCUGGGAGACAAGCAGUUGUCCGAGCACCGCUGAACCCCGAAGGUGUCACUAUGCCUUCCUGAAAUUCCCGACAGGAAAUAUUGUCCUUUCGACAGUAGUCAUCUUUCUCUGUUGACAUUGCUUUGAAAGUGAAGGCGCACAGACUUAGGGAAGAAGCUCAUCACCAGCCACCGCAGACUCCUUACGUAAGCGUGUGCCAAAAUUGCCCUGGGACUGGAGUGGUUUGGCACGUUUGCAGAAUGACUUCGUUGUAGAAUUAGAAGGAACCUCCUGAGCAUUGCCCAGCUUCGUCCUUACCCAGAAAAUGGCUCGGGAGGGUCACUGAGGCCGGAGAACACCUGGAUGCAGCCUGUCCAGAUGUUCGCGGAUCGGAUUACAGAGCGCGAUUGAUCCCCUUGGAUUCGGUCAUUAGUCAUAAUGAAGAAAAUUAGUCUGAAGACCUUCCGGAAAUCUUUCAACUUGAAUAAAAGUAAAGAAGAAGCGGAUUUCAUGGUAGUGCAACAGCCCUCGCUAGCCGGCGAGUUCGGAAAGGACGACUCCUUGUUUGGGGGCUGCUACGGGAAGGACAUGGCCAGCUGUGACAUCAGCGGUGAGGAUGACAAAGGGGCCAAGAACAGAUCCAAGAGCGAGAGCCUCAUGGGCACGUUGAAGAGACGGCUUUCUGCCAAGCAGAAGAAGGGCAAGGGCGGCACCCCCUCCGGGGGCGCCGACGACGACGCCUUCUCCUCCUCCUCAGCACCCCUGGUCUUCAAGGAUGUGCGGGCGCAGAGGCCCAUCCGGUCCACGUCCCUCCGCACCCAUCACUACAGCCCCACGCCGUGGCCCCUGCGCCCCACCAACUCCGAGGAGACGUGCAUCAAGAUGGAGGUGAGGGUCAAGGCCCUGGUGCACUCGUCCAGCCCCAGCCCCGCGCUCAACGGGGUUCGCAAGGACUUCCGCGACCUGCAGCCCGACGCCGUGUGCCCGGAGCAGCCGGGGUCGCUCAAGGGCUCCGAGUCCCAGGACGGGGCCCUGCACCUGCACCUGGAGGAGCACGUGCCCGUCGUCAUCGGACUUCUGCCUCAGGACUACAUCCAGUACACUGUGCCUUUAGAGGAGGGGACGUACCCUCUGGAGGGCCCGCGCGGCUACUGCCCCGACGGCUCCUCCCCGAUGGAAGUGUCCGCGGUGCCCCCGCCGGGCGGAGGCGGCGCCUUCCCCGAGGACGAGAGCCAGGUGGACCAGGAGCUCGUGGUGGCCCCGGAGAUCUUCGUGGACCCCGCGGUGAACGGCCUGCUGAUCAGCACCACGGGGGUCCUCCUGCAGAGCCCCCGGGCGGGCCUCGACGACGUCCCUCCGCUCUCACCGUUGCUACCUCCCCUGCAGACCGGCGCGCUCCCCAGGAACUUCGGGGGGCUGGCGGGCGCGGACGCGCACGUGGCGGAGAGCGUGCGCUGCCACCUGAACUUCGACCCCCACUCCGCCCCGGGGGUCGCCAGGGUUUACGACUCGGUGCAGAGCAGCGGCCCCAUGGUGGUGACCAGCCUCACCGAGGAGCUGAAGAAACUGGCCAAGCAGGGGUGGUACUGGGGCCCCAUCACGCGCUGGGAGGCAGAAGGGAAGCUGGCCGACGUGCCCGACGGCUCGUUCCUGGUCCGGGACAGCUCCGACGACCGGUACCUCCUGAGCCUGAGCUUCCGCUCCCACGGCAAGACCCUGCACACGCGCAUCGAGCACUCGAACGGCAGGUUCAGCUUCUACGAGCAGCCGGACGUGGAAGGACACACGUCCAUCGUGGACCUGAUCGAGCACUCCAUCCGGGACUCGGAGAACGGGGCCUUCUGCUACUCGCGGUCGCGGCUGCCCGGGUCCGCCACCUACCCGGUCAGGCUGACCAACCCGGUGUCGCGGUUCAUGCAGGUGCGCUCCUUGCAGUACCUGUGCCGCUUCGUCAUCCGCCAGUACACCAGGAUAGACCUCAUCCAGAAACUGCCUUUGCCCACCAAAAUGAAGGACUAUUUACAGGAGAAGCACUACUGAAACGAGGGGAGCCCCGCGCCCUGCACUUGGGGAGGAAGGAACGAGAGGGGGAUCCAGUUUACAGACGCCGUCGCUCCGAGUCUUCGCUGCCACCCCGGUUCGGGGGUGCGGGUCGAAGGAAUCCGUGGGUCUCCGGGUGGGGAAGCGUCGCAAGGGGUCUCGGGUUGAUUUCGGUUCUUUCAAAAGGGAAGCCUCGAGGUUUUAGAAGCGUGCGAGUUCUCUUUCUUUCAUCCAUGUGCAGAAGAAUCACAAUGUGAAUGCUCAGAUUCUCCUUCCCCCACCCCCGUCCUUUGCUGCUAUCCACUGUGAUGUUUAUGCAUUAAAAGCACAUUUCAUGUGUGUUCAGCCCUAAGUGGAGGUGAAUGGAACUGUGUAGAAUGAGCAUUGUUAUGUCUCUUUCAGUGGCCCGUUUUCAGAGAGAGUGCUGAGGGAGCAAGCACACCGGGGUGCUGACACCCAGGACCGACGCCCACACUGAGAAUGAUCUGUUCUCUCCUUCUUGAGAAAGAUGGGUUUGGGAUUAUGAAUCGACGCUAUCUUGGGUACUGGAGCGCAGACCUGCACCCUGUCUUUCACGACACUCAUUUCUAAAUUACGUCCAAGGCUGUGCUGGUUUCGUUGUUGUUGUGAAAAUUUGAAUUUCCCUGUUGCCUUCAUUUCCAUCGUGUGGUUUGUCUGUUUUAAUAAAUGGCCUUACAUGAAAAACAUCAUAAAGAAAUGUAUACCACCAGUUUAGAGAUCGUUGCCUUUUCUGUCCGUCAGCUCUGGUACAAAUUGGCAGAACAUACAAAGACCCACGGAACCAGAAAUAUUAAAGAAAUACUAGAUGGUCAUAGUUUCCUGUGAUAGCAGUUUUUUGUGUUCUCUCUCUGUUCCUUGGCUGAAAUGUUUUGUCUGAUUUCUUUCACGUAGUCAACAUUUUCUUGGGUGAACAUGAUGUAGAACUGAUUUUUGUAAAUGGACUAGAUUCUGUUGGAACAUUCUUGUUUAUAUAAAGUUUUAAACUGAUUUGAAUGGAAAAGAAACCUUGUUUUAAAGUUGGACUUUCGUUUUCUUUUUUGUGGUCACUAUUAAGAUGUGCUAGAUUUGCGCCUGCCUUCCUUCGUCCCACCAAGAAAAUAGACAGCAAACCCAGUGACUUCAGUUGAGAGAUUGUAGAAAUUGCAAAACGCCAUGUAAGAAAAAUACUGAACCCGUACCAGAUACACGGAAGGCUUAUUGCCUGCCAUACACCGCCAUUUCAAAACAGGUGUUCGAUUUAAGCCUUGGGUAAAUUGGCAUCGUCAGUUACUUUGGCUCUUAGAUUCAGUUGUUUUUUGGUGGGGGGUUGGGGGAGUUUGAUAUCCCCAGUAAGCGGUGGUUAUUUCGACAUGCGGUGUUGGCUCACUGCAUGAUUCUUCCGUGUGGUGUUUUGGGUUUGCCUCAUCCAGAAAAUGUUUCUUUCAGAUGAAACAUGUAACUUAAGACAUUUCUUCCUUUGUCACUCAGUUUCCUUAGCUCUCACCCCCAUUUAUGAACAAGAGUAAAGGUCUUAGGUCAAGCUUAAUGGCUUUGUCAUUCAGUCAUGUCAAGUAUCCCCAUUUUUUUCUCUGUCUGUUUUUUAGGGUCAGAACUGAGAAUUAACAAGAAAAGGCACAAUACCAUAACAUCGUGUUAUGGUAUUUUGACUUAAAGGGGAAAAGGUACUGAAUUUUGGUGGAAUGUUGAUUGUACCUUGUUAUAAAGACUCAUUUUCUGAUGUUUUCACCUAAUAAGAUGGAAUAUUGAGUAUACUGUAAUAAUAUAAUUUAAGUGUUCACUAUAAGCUAUUUGGAUUAAAAACUAUUACAGAGUUGUAAACUUAUCAAAUUAAUGCAAGACAUUUAAACUAUUUUUUUGCAAAACUAUUUAUUUUUAAACAAUUUAAAGUAUAUCUAGGGUGAGUUAAAGGUCCCUGUGCAUCUAUAUUAGAUGGCAGGUAUUUUCAGAGUCACUGUGUGUUAAUAAUAGACGUUGAAGUGGCUUCUCCAUGGUUCUAGAAGCAUCUACAUGUACCCUUUGUGAGAUCACGGUGCACAGAGGUCUUUGGACUGCCCUGAAUCCUGUCUUAGCAUGUGGCAUAGCCUGUUCCUCAUGUUUUCCUCGCAGGAAUGUGUUUAAGGUCUAGCCAUUUAGUUGCAAGUUACGAUUAUUCUGAUUUUCAUCUGAAUGUUCUUAAAAUUGUAUCGUGUUUUUAUGGAGGGCAAGUCUUGAUACUCUUCUAAUCUAGAAAGCCAAUCCUUACGUGCUUUUGUAUAUUCGUAAUAUCAAAUUCUUUAAAGUAACAUGCCCUAUUCCAGUUCAAUUUGAAAUUCCUGGGGUCUGAUACUGUGUCGAUAAAAAUAAAAGUAUUUGCCAAAAAGUUAUUUACAAACAGAGAAGUAUCGCAAUAUUUUCUGCUGUUGCCUGGAGAGAACCAUUUGGAGUAGGCAACACAAUAUAAUAUAAAGAUUGGCUUUAUGGGAUCCUACAACAGGCUGGUUAAAGGUGGAAGGGGACACGAGAUAUAUGUUCAUCCUGUAGUUUGGUCUAGAUACAAUUUGGAUAAAUUUCUGGAUUACAUUGAAUGGCGGCUUAGAUAACCUGGAUGCAAGCUAGGAGUUAUUUUUAAAUGUGAUUCUAAAAGACUGAGCUCGAGGCAUGAAAGAAAACAGGAAAGCUGUAUCCUUUUGCCAUAAUAAAUGAAUCAGAGUUGUUUUUAUCAAAUAUUUCAUCAAAGAACGUGAUGGAGGCCGGGAGCCAUUUCCAGGCUUACUAGGACACUAUUAUGCAUUUUUAUAGAAAGAAAGUAUAGGAAGUACUUGAAAAAUAUCCCACUCUUUCUCUUUCUAAAGAAAACUGUUCUCUUUCUACUUGGUGCAAUAAUCCGAAGAUUUAGAAGUAAACAAUAGUAUAUCCCAGGAAAUGAUCACAGAGCUAAAAAUAGUUUUUAAGGAAACCAGCUACAUAGGGCAACCAUCUUGCUAUUGAAGGACAUCAUGUGCUAAAUCAUUGGCACACAGGAAAGAAAACCAAGUAUACAUGAUCAUUUCUGAGCCAGUAUUAUUGAAACAGGAUAGAAGUCACUACCAUCUUAAAGAGAUGAAAGGUCCCUGCUUAACAGCACUUUCGGAAACGCCAGUUUUAAUCAUUGUACAUUUCACAUUGUAUACGAGAGAGAUUUGUUUUAUGAGUGACUCUGACUAUUUUUUCAAUCUUAGUGGAUUUUCAUCGAAUGUGAAGUCAGUUUGAAAUUGAAAUGGCUACCAGCGACAGACAGUUUUGUUGAAAACGGAUCAGGAACCAUCGCUAGUUCCGUAAAUAACUUAAAAAUUCUAAAGCAGAGUAUGGGUACGCUAGUAGUCGCAAAUUCGGUUUCUUCGAACACUUUUUUAAUCCUGCAAAGAUUUUUUAUAAACAUCCUUUUUAUUGAUCACAGCGCGGAGGACGCGUAGUCGCUAUUUCUGAAAAGUGACCCAAACAGCCCAUCCAGAGGUGAUAAAUUCUUACAGAAUUUUGUAAUAACUAUACGUGUUGGGUUAAAGGAGUUUUAUAGUUGUUGGAGUGCCAUGAAAUUAAUCCUUGCAAUCCAGAUUGCUGUAGUUUACAUUUUUCUGUAUGUUUCAAAUCAGGUGUGUACCAUUUGUACCGAGAACACCACACAAUGAAUUAUCCAAAGUCCAUUGAUUUUAAUACGUGUUUUGGUUUGUACACAAAUUAUAGUAAU